AGGUUCUGGGCUUUGGCUCUCCACUGGUUCCAGGACUUGCGCGUGCAAAGCUUGCAGCCUGACAGCUUCAGCCUUGCGAACGUCAUUGUCGCGCUUGAUACAGCUUGGCAGGGCGCUCUUUCUCUUCUUGCAGGUCACGACACUCUCGCAGAUGUGGUGGUCUACAGUGCCGCAAUCAGUUCUUGUGAGCGAGCUCAUGAGUGGGAAGCUGCCCUCGCCGUGUUCGACAGCAUGCAUCGAGCAGGUGUUUCACCGAACUCCAUCACGAUCUGCGCUGCCCUGUCGGCCUUGGCGGCAGGUGGCAAGUGGGUCGAGGCGCUGCAGCUGUUACCUUUGUGCCGGAGAGAGAUUAUCGCUGUGAACGCCACCAUUGCGGCUUGCGCAAAGGCUUCGGAGUGGAAGACUCCCCUCUUGCUGCUGUCCCGGCUGCCUGAGGGUGUGUUGCCGACUGUGGUGACAUUCAGCGCGGUUAUCAAUGCAUGCCAGCGAGCUGGCGAGUGGCAGCAGUGCUUGGCGCUUUUCCAGGAAAUGGCGCAACACGGCCUCGCCGAAGAGGAUUCCUUGGCCCGGAACUCCUGCGUGAAAGCCUGCGCUGCAGCGCAGCAGCAGCAGUUAGCAAUGCAACUGUUGCGCCGGCCGACUCCUGCUCGUCAGAAGCUCCGGGCUCCUUGUGGCCCUCAGCAGAG